AUGGUCCGUUUCGGUUCUCUUCUGUGCGUGGCUGCUGCCAGUCUGAGCGCAGCAGCCAUUCUUCCGGGCUCUGCAAGCAGCGAACCAGCGGCAAGAGUCUUCGCCAGACAGUCGGCAAACUGCUUGAAGAGUGAUCUCAUCCAGAGCGCCAGUGCGAAGACUGGCCAGGAGGCGGGAACGGAUGGCAUCAAGGCAGGACAAGCCAAGUCGAGCACAGACAAGGACAACUUCAUCAACUUUUGCGAAGGCAAAACGAUCACAAACGGGAAGCAAAUCACAGCUGGUUCAUGCAAUGGCAUUCCCAUGGGAAGACUUCCUGCCCAGAGCAACAUGAUCUCGGCCAUAAUCACCAACCCUCAACCUGGUGUUAAGAUCAAGGCUGGAACGACCUUCAACAUCUCCGUUCAGACUAGCCAUCUCAAGGCCGGCAACUUCGUCAACCCCACGACCAACUACUACACUGCUCCCCAGGACCUUGACGGUAACGGAGACAUCAUCGGUCACUGCCACGUCACGGUUCAGGAUAUCGGCUCUCUUACGGCCACGACCGUUCCGGACCCGUCCAAGUUCGCAUUCUUCAAGGGCAUCGAUGACGCAGGAAACGGAAAGGGACUCUUGCAGGCCGUGGUGGACGGUGGGCUGCCGGCUGGUACUUACCGUGUCUGCACCAUGAUCGCGGCUCAGAACCACCAGCCCGUUGCGAUGCCAGUGGCCCAGAGAGGUGCACAGGAUGACUGCACCAAGUUUGUGGUCGAGGGCGGUGGCAAUGCAGGUGGUGCGAAGGCUUCACCCAGUAGCGCCAAGCCCAAGGCAACUGGCAAGCCGAAGAAGAAGGGCAACUAG